CCGGGCUCGGAUUGACAAGGAACUGAGAUAUAGCGUAAGCGUGGACAUGCUUUUGGCAUCGCAUUACUGGGAAUUAUCGCUAUCCUGCACCUCUCAACUCUUUGGUGUUGAUUCUUCACCCCCAGCUCAUGUUAUAGCACCUCGCCCAAAUGGUCCAGACACGUCUGUGGCUGCUCACGCUCAUUUUCAUCCUCUACUCCGGCGCCCUCGUCUUGGCGGCUCCUACGCCUAAAAAACCGCUUCCAAAGAGAGACUACAUCGACUCUCCCAAGAACCCUAUCGUUGCCGCUCCUUUUCAACCACGACACCACCGUUUUAAGCGCCCUACCCAUGCGUAUCCCCUCGCACAUUCCCCUACCACGUCCUCCUUCCCACCUUCACCCAUCGAACCGGACCUCACUGCCGCAUCUCCUCAUGUAAAGGCAGAAGGGUGGCUGGUGCAAAUCCUCCGCAUAUUCAGUGCUUGGCAUCCGUUUCCCGAGAACGAGAUUGCAGAAGGGUUGUUGCAUAAGCGAAUCAGGAGAUGGCGUCUGCUUGGCUCCAAGAGGCCUACGAGAGAUCUCGUGUUGGUCAAUAACAUAGAUGGGUCCGGAAGGAGAUUAGUGGAUAGGGGAGGCGACUUGAUCAUCCAGGAGCAGCAACUGAAUGGUUUCCAAUGGCGGGGCGCUGAGCAAUUGGAUGACGAGACAGAUGAGCCGUAUUACUGGUAUUGAACAGGUUUGCUAAGGACAUUUUGGACAUGUGGUCGUGGCAUAUUGAGCUUAUAAUGUUAGGUCGUGAAAACGGACAAUGCGAAUAUGCAUGCUUCAGCGACGG